AUGCCAGGCCCUGGUAGUCAUGGAAAGUCCAAAGGGAAAUCAAACCAGUCACCGGCAGGUCAAUCGACAAACAUCUUGGGAUUGGAAAGCAUUCAGCUAGGAGAAAAGGAGGAUCUAGCGGAUUGGACAAUUAUCAUAGGUGCAAUCUGCGAGUUUCUUCACCUCCCAGAUCUCAAUUCUCGAAACGGGUUUAAAAAAGUCUAUGCCGAUUUCGAUGUGAUUCACGACCGACUCCAAACUUUAUUCGACAACAGCAAGGACAGCGUCAGAGUCAGAGGUGCUAUUGUUGGGAUAUUGGGAAAGAUGUGCACGGAUUCUCUUCUAAGAAACAAGGUUUUCGCAAAAGAUAUUCUAUCCAAGGUUCUCCCACUUUUACGCGAAGACGAAACUCGCCAUCUAGCAUUGCACGUAUUAGACACCAUUACACACCACGGAGGCAUUGAAGUUCGACUGGAAGUCGCUAGACACACCAAUACCAUUGCGAAGCUCAUUGACGACCUGCCAGACGAUGAGGUUGUCUCUAUUUCGGGAGUGGCUAUCCUUGCUCAUGCGACUGUCACUCUACUUGAUGGCGAUGAUUGCCCCCAUCCGAAGAUUCUGAAAACAAUUGAUAUGACUAUUGUCAUCAAAAGUGUGUUAGAAGCGGUCAAACGAUUCUACACUCGAUCCCAUUCGUUUUUGGAGCACGCCAUACACCUCAUCGCCACGUCCAGCCUCCAUGCGUCUUACGCCUUCAAAGCGUACCCUGCUGCACUUUCUUUUCUGGCCGUUGGACUACGAAGUAAAGAUUGGGUAACUCGUUGCAUAUGCCUUGGCGGUUUUGUUCGUGCCUUUUCGAUGGAGGCUCAAGAGCAUGAAGUUCCUUUUGAUCCGCGUAAAUUUGUGGCAACCUAUCAAACCUCUGGUAUUCCCCAGCAUCUUAGUCGUAUCAUGAUGGCCUAUGGCCCCACGAAUUGUGAUACAAUUGUGACCUUGUCGUGUAUAAACGACUCACAGAAGGCGAUAAGGGACUAUGCCGAUAGCCAAGAACGUGAUUUACGCGCUCUUGCACUGAAGCAGGCUGCAUUAAUCACCAAGGCUGAACACGCAAUCAUGGAUGGCUACUUCCAAGUUCAGGAUGAAAGGACAGGACAAUUUGUGGCUGCUGAUAUGGGAUUGCCUUUCACAACUUGGAGAGAGUCGCUUCAUCACACUGCCAAUGCCAUAAGGCGCCAGGGGAACCCGGGGGAGGAGGAUCUUGCCGACAUACUAGAGCUGAAAUAUCUCAUUGGCAAGCAAGCUCUCGACAAAGUCAUGAAUCUGGCUAGAAAGGCUAUUCAACGGAAUCCCGAGCAAUCGUACUUUUAUUACGCUCUCUCUUUGACCGCUGACAAUGUCCAGGGUCUACGUGCGUCGAAGAAGGGCUUAAAGUGCAAGAGCAUGACACCGUUUGUGAAGUAUCAACUUUUGCAAAGGGCUGUCGACCAUGCUGCUGAUAUGGGGAUUAAAUUGAUGCAAACUAAUCCACCUCGCGGAGACAGAAAAUGGGAAGAAGCUAUAGCGUUUGUCAUGACAGCUUUGCAAGAUGCCAAGACGUACAUAAAGGAAGCACCUCCCGAUUCGCGUCACAUCAAAACUGUGGGGUAUUGGUACGUGCUUUUAAGCAUUCUGGUGAACCCUGCUAUAGACCCCAGCCUAAAAGAGUUGGAUGAUAUCGUGCGGAAACUUCACAUCGCAGACGAGUUCAGUGAGCUUAUGGGGACCCCUCCUCCUCAAAGCAACCUACGCCUUUCCCAGAAGGCAAUCCUUAAACACUAUCCUCUUGGUUUUAAGCAGUUUGCCCACAUCAUGAAUGAAUUCGAUAGGUUCUACAGCCUCGACGUUCAACAUACGACAUCCAAACGCAGGGCAGAGGAUAAUCUUACGGCCUGGUUGGAAGACAUGAAGCUGGAGGAUAACACUAUCGACGACCUGCUAACGACUCAAAGUUUCCAAUCAUCUCAAACCAAAAUCCAUUUUGAUGAGAACAAGCUCACGCUCUAUCGAUGUUCAUGGUGCGGAAAUCCAUCCGCAGUGUUGCGAAAAUGCGGUGGCUGCUCAAAUACAAGGUACUGCGACUCUGCGUGUCAAAAGGCCCACUGGAAAGGCCACAAGAAAGAAUGUACUUCCGGGUCAUCCAAUGCGUCAUAG